CCCAUGACUCUGCUUUAGCUGCAUCUCCUGCGGUUGCAACAAGUGGUUUGACGGACGGCGCGCGUUUGGUUUUCAUUAGGUCGUCUCGACACUGACCCCCUGCCCCGUCUACAGUAACGUGAAACCAGCCCGCUGGCAGGCGCGCUGUGCGGAAGAGAGGCGAGCAGAGCUGAUGCAGUCUGCACUGCUUUCACAACCCGGUCGGUCCGCGGGGCUGGACUGCGCUGCCUGCUGCGCACAGCGACCACAAGCUCCCCAAGCACUGACCCACCAGCAGCGAUGCGUGCUAUGGCCACGCAGUAGCAUUCACUGGAAUAGAUGGUGAAGCAGUCUUUUGCAGAAGGGAUUCUUCUUGUUUUUGUCUCCCCUGGAGGUGCGCUAUGGCAGUCAUGGUGAGCUGUCAGAGUGGCAGAAGUUUACGAAACGGCGACUGGGGCUUCGCUCCUCUGCUGGCUGCUGUGCUGCUCAGCUUUCUGCUUGCAGGGAUGCAGCAGACCACAGCGUUUCCCACCUGGAGGUUAGAGGAAGAAGCUCACACCACUGUGCUGCUCAUCGGGAUCCGCAAAGAGGCCCGGUCACAAGUGCUUCACCUCUCCAGGAACAAGCGCUACACCCUCACCCCGGAGAAGCUCAAAUGGGACAAGUUCAAGCUCACAUACAAGUUGCUCUCCUUCCCUACAAACUUGAUGAACGCCAGCGACACGCGUCGGGGAAUCGCCAAGGCUUUUGGCAUGUGGAGCGACGUCUCGCCGUUCACCUUCAGAGAGGUGCCGGCCGACCAAGAGGCAGACAUCAAGAUCGGCUUCUAUCCCGUCAACCACACAGACUGUUGGCAGUCCCACUUGCACCAUUGUUUCGAUGGCAUCACAGGAGAACUGGCUCACGCGUUCUUCCCACCAACAGGCGAAAUCCACUUUGACGACCACGAAUAUUGGAUUCUGGGAAACAUGCGCUUCAGCUGGAAGAAAGGGGUUUGGCUGACGGAUCUCGUCCAUGUGGCGGCUCACGAAAUCGGUCACGUCCUGGGACUCAUGCACUCCAUGGAUCCCAAAGCUUUGAUGCACCUGAAUGCAACUCUGACAGGGCGCAAGCUUAUCACACAGGAUGAGGUGUGGGGUUUGCACCGGCUCUACGGAUGUUUGGAUCGUCUAUUUAUCUGUCCGGCCUGGGCUCGGAAAGGCUACUGCGAGAGCAAGCGCAGACUGAUGCAGAAGCACUGCCCCUCCAGCUGUGAUUUCUGUUACGAAUUCCCUUUCCCCACCGUAGCUCCCACCCCGGCUCCCCCAAGGACCAAACACAAGCUGGUGGUUGAGGGCAAGAAGCUGACAUUUCGUUGCGGGAAGAAAAUAGCAUCAAAGAAAGGCAAAGUACACUGGUACAAGGACGGGGAGCUGCUGGAGUUCUCUCACCCGAACUACAUCUCACUGAAAGACGACCACAUUACUAUAGUGGCCAACGCCAUCAACGAAGGCACGUACACCUGCAUCGUUAAGAAGAAGAACAAAAUUCUCACUAACUACUCGUGGAGGGUACGCGUGCGCUUCUGAAGCAGAACAGCCCGGCUCCUCUGCACACUGAACAGGACAUAUUCACACAGAUGGUCACCAGGAGACCUCACUCACUAGGGCACAUACUAGUAUUUUUUGUUUUGUUUUUUAAACGUCCUUCCUGUAUCCACGUAAAAUUGUCGACUGUCUUUGGUUAAAUGCGUUUACAUCUGUGCAAAGAAUAAAUGCUCUGUGACAGAUAUUUUUUACAUUUUUUUUGUGGAAAACACUACCUGACUGUAAAAAGCUGUUUGUGGCAGAUGCUGUGGUUUGCAUUUUAUUUGGUGAUGAAAGUUCUGUGCAGCUCUCAUCAGCUGUUCGGGACGAUGACGUCAGUCUGGAUUCAUCAAGCCUGGACUUCUUCAAAGCUCUUUCAGCUAAGGCAGCUGAAGGAGUCCAAGGCCACCCACGGGAUUCCUCUGAAAAAUAGGGACUAAUUAGUUGCACAGAAACCCAGAAGAUAUUAGUACUGUUGGGAGAACUCACCAUAGCCUUCUACAAAAUGUCCCAAAUGUCUCUUUUUUUUUUAAUGGACCUGAAAAACUUACAGAAGCCCUUGCUUUAGAUGCAUGCCAUUCAAAUAAUUUACACACUGACCCAAGUAAGCUACUAAAGCCAGAAUAAACAAUGUUGUCUACAGCCUUUGGAACCAUUCGGACCUUAAACCGCAUAUGGAACACCUCAGACGUCUAGCUUACUUUACUAGUCGCACGCUGAGGCCAAGAGUCUGCCUCCAGGGACUGAGCAGUCAGUUCCACUCGCAGCUCUCUGUCCAAGCUUAUUCAACACAUCAGGUGUAAUAAUCUGCAGAAAGGGCUACAGUGGGUCCAGGGGAUAGAUAAAAUUGAUUAAUGAAUAUUUCCAUUUAGUGCUGGCUCUGCGAGCCCCAGGACAGGAGGGGCCUUUUUUUCAGUACCUGUUCCAGUCGUGCAGGGACCCAAGCUGCACUAUUUAUUUUUCUUUGGCUUAAAAUCAAAGAAUUUAUUGGUUUAAUUCUGAAGUCAGAGUCAUUUAAAAACAAAAGCAAAGCAAGCCGGGGCCUCUUUUUUUUCCCCCCUGAAAGAACAAAGUACUGAGACAAAGUGUGCAGCACAAGGAAUGACAUCACUUUUGGACGGCAGCUACCAAGCUGGUUUGAAGGCUGGAUUUCUUUUAGGCUCAACUUCCCUUCGUUUUUUUUCCCCUCCUUUGGCAGUGUGCAGUUGUGUUUGCAUAGCUUGGACAGAGUUUAUAAAUAUAGGAAAAAAGGCAGACAAAACAAAGUUUCAAACUUUAUUUCUAGCAAAAACAUCAGUUCCCUGUCAUCAGGAGAGCUGACAUUCCCAUUUAAAUUUUAACAUUAUGCUGGAUGGAACACACAGCAAAUGCUGCAUCAUUAUACAGUAGCUCAGGCAGCCAGGAAAUACCAACCAUUUAUAAAACCUGGUCCUCUCUCAUGAAAUAUAAAAGGGAAAAUAAAAGUCAAACAUGAGAGCAACACUUUUGAAUAGAUUUAUGGUUGUUUCUCCUCUUUAAGACCUACAAUGGUCACAUUUCAGUUAGUUAAAUGGCUUAAUAAAAAAAACACAAAAAACAAACAAACAGGAAGAGUGGAAAUUCAACAGGUUUGAGCCAUCAGUCUUGCUGUGAGACAGUCUUGACUAUGUGGUAACAGUUGUAAAUGAUCAGAUACUGAUCUGCUCUAAAGCUGUAAACCAGUGAUACCAUCCGGUUCCAAACAAAAAACAAAACAA